GUAGCCAUGGACGCCGUCUCCUCGCUGGUCUGCCCUGUCCUCCUCCCCCUCCUCUUCGUCCUCCUGUCCUCCCUCCCCACAUGCUCCUCCUCCAUGCUGUGUCCGAAGAGGUGCACCUGCCAGAACCUGCUGCCGUCCUACACGGUGCUGUGUGCCAAGACGGGCCUCCUCUUCGUCCCGCCCAACAUCGACCGCCAGACGGCCGAGCUCAGGCUGAUGGACAACUUCAUCACGACGCUGCGGCAUCGCGACUUCGCCAACAUGUCCAGCCUGAUCCACCUGACCCUGAGCAGGAACACCAUCAGUCAGAUCCGGCCGUACACCUUCGCCGACCUCCAGGAUCUCCACGCUCUCCACCUGGAUGCCAACCGCCUCACCACGCUGGACGACUCCCACUUCCAAGGCCUGGUGAACCUGAGGCACCUCAUCCUGGCCAACAACCAGCUGCACAGCAUAUCGGAAGGAGCCUUCCAGGACUUCCUGGAGACUCUGGAGGAUUUAGAUUUGAGCUACAACAACUUGGUGGACAUUCCCUGGGAGACCAUUGCCCUGCUGGUCAGCGUCAACACCCUCAGCCUCGACCACAACCUCAUAGAGAGCGUCCCCGAGGGAAUAUUCUCCAACCUGCACAAACUGGCCAGAUUGGACAUGACAUCUAACAAGCUGAAGAAGAUUCCUCCAGACCCGCUCUUCCUGCGGAUCCCGGUGUACGCUAAGAUGAAGGGUUCUCCUCUCACGGCGCUGGUGUUGAGUUUUGGCGGGAACCCUCUGCACUGUAACUGUGAGCUGGUCUGGCUUCGCCGACUGACCAGAGAGGACGAUCUGGAGACCUGCGCUUCACCAAAAGACCUGGCUGGCAAAUACUUCUGGACCAUUAGAGAGGAGGAGUUUGUGUGCGAGCCACCGAUGAUAACUCGCCAUACCUCCAAGAUGUUUGUGAUGGAGGGUCAGGAGGUCAGCCUGCGCUGUAAGUCCGUCGGGGAUCCCGAGCCCUCGACGCACUGGGUCAGCCCCGAUGGAAAGCUGAUCGGCAACACGUCCAGAACCAUCUGCUACGAGAACGGCUCGCUGGACAUCCUCAAGGCCUCGGUCAAGGAUUCUGGAAAGUUCACGUGCAUAGCAUCUAAUGCAGCUGGGGAGGCCACCGCGCCCGUUGAGUUAGUAGUCAACGCUUCGCCGCACUUUGACCCUAAACUGGACCCUGACCCGGGACCUUCGGACAUCCCUACAUCAAUCAAGUCCAACAUCAGCGGAGGUCAGGCCCGGUCCGACCAGCAGAGGGUCAGUGUGUCAGAUCUAACAUCCAGCUCGGCUACCAUCAGAUGGCCCCCGCAGAACCACAUACCUGGAGUCCGCAUGUACCAGAUCCAGUACAACAGCUCUACAGACGAUAUACUCAUAUACAGGAUGAUCCCAGCCAACCACAAGUACUUCCUGCUGAGCGACCUGGCGUCGUCGCGGGACUACGAGCUGUGUGUUUUGGCCGUCUAUGAUGACGGCAUCACCGCCCUGACGGGCACCAAGCUGGUGGGCUGCGUGUCCUUCAGUACGGAGACAGAGUACGGACGCUGUCACUCUAUAAGAGACCAGUUCCUGGGAGGCACCAUGAUCAUCAUCAUCGGGGGGAUCAUCGUGGCCUCCGUACUCGUCUUCAUCUUCAUCCUCCUGAUGAAGUACAAGCUGCACAGUAACCACUACAAGCAGAAGGCCGCCGCUCGCCAAGCCAACGUCUGCUCCCAGACCAACGGAGGAGGAGGAGGGGGAGCCAACGUCCUCGCUCUGCCUCCGGCCUCCUCCUCUGCAGGGCAGGGUGGAGGUGCAAAUAAAAACUCCCAACCGUCAUCGUCGACAGAGGGGAUGGGAGGAGCUUCUCUUCGAGGGACGACUGUAGUGGACUUAAAUCACACCCACGACGAUGACGCCAUCUCCCAAUAACACACAAGAAACUGUCAAUCAAACCCACAACCCACCAAUCUCGAAAGCCCAAACCAAUACUCCACUUCCCUCCCCCCCCUUUUUUUGAUUUGUUGCUGGUGCCUGGAGCAAAACUCCACUUUACGCCGAGGAGCGGCUCCUGUCAUUGAUUUACGUACAUUCAGCUUCACGGCGCUGGAGGGAGGAGAGGCGGGAGAGGUGCCCCAAUGCGUUGCAUGGUCCUUCCAGCGAGCCCCGAUGAUCAGGUAUUCGACCCAGAGAUUCCGCCCUACCCCUCUUGAUGCCACCAGACCCAGACGGGAUGUGAAGGGCAGCCAGAGGAGGGCAAACAGCAACCUGUUGGCGUGCAGGAGUCUCCACACCGCUGGGAUCGGACAUGUUGGAUUACAGGUCAGGCUUCUGGGCAUUGAACCCUGCUCGCGUUCGGUGCUUAACUGGGAAACCUUGGAUCAGAGUUAACGCGGUCUGGAAUCUCUUCUUCUUUUCUGAAGGAAGUAUCCGAUGAUUGGAUGGGAUUUUAACUUGGGAUCCAUGCAGACACUAAAUGCUGCUCUGGGAACGGAUUACUCUGGAUUUUUUCCGUUUUGUGACAUUUUUCCAGGAUGUUUUUGCGACAGUCGGUGGCACCGCUUCCUCUCUUUCCCCAGCAUACAGUCACAUGCCAAAGGAUUACUACAGUAUUAUGACAGCAUUAUAUUACAAUAUUGGGAAGAAUAUGCAGACUUCCAGAAGCACACCUCUCUCUAUUAUCUCUUAGCAGUCAGAGAGAAAAUAAAUGUUGGGCCUUGGAUUGAAAAUACGAGCACAUUGUCAACGUCUUGUCUCAAAAGCAUCAAUAAUAACAAACUAAACGGUGAACGUCUCUGGCACUUUAAUCGUAUGUUUUCAUCUCAUCUCUCUUCCCCCUCUGUCGCACUCUCUCUCUCUCUCUCUCUCUCUCUCUCUUAAUCUCAUUCUCAUGAACCACUGAAUCGUAUACUCUCCAGUAUUACCAAUCUAAACUCUUCUGGCUCUGAAUGACUUAGAUAAUGUUGAAAUAAUCAGUGUGUUUGCGUCCAUGGUGGAUUGGUUCUCUCUAUGUCGGAGUAUUACAAAAAAAACUAAAAAAAAUAAAACUUGAUGUCCCGAGAACGGAGCCUUGAGGAACGCCAGCGAGGAUUUUAUUCAAAGCCAAACCUAAAAGCACAGACGUCGGCUCUGCAUUUGAUGGUGAAAAUGGUGAAUUCUGUUAUGUUUGACACUGGGAAGCGACCGCACCCCGUUACGAAACAAUGGUGAACUUGACCAUAAGUGUUCCUAUAACUAAAAGCUGGCGCUCGAGAUCGUUAAAUGUAUUACACGGUUUUAAAAGAUGGCCAGCAGAACUUGCGCUGUCCCGUCCCCUCCCUCGCCCUCGCUCUCCCUCUCCUUUGCCGUUUGACAGUGUCUGUGUUUGUAUGUGACAUACACCUUACAGUCUUCGAUGGUUUGAUACCCAUUAUGAUUUACUUUGAAUAUAACGAAACAAACGACCACAAUAAGGAGAAAAAAACAACAAACAAAAUGCGAAAUGGGGAUUUUAUGCUUUCAUAGAUACAAUUAUGUGGAUUUAUAAUGAAAU